AUACAAGACGCCCUGCGAUGAAGACCAACCCAUUCGGUAUCCCCAUGUACGAGCUCCGAUCGGGCCCGCAUGAAACGAAGCACAUCCUCGAUCACCGACACGCCCAUCACGACCGGGACCCAGACGCUGUAGAUUUCCCGAAGAGUUUCCGCGAUGUGGCGAAGAGGAGAGACAACUGGGAAGAG